CUCCAGGCACCAUUUUAAAAAUGGCGGCUCCACUGGGAGGCAUGUUCUCUGGACAGCCACCUGGACCUCCGCAACCUCCGCCGGGGCUCCUGGGCCAAGCUUCGCUUCUUCAGGCCACGCCAGGCGUUCCGAGAACUUCUAACAGUACCUUGGUGGACGAGUUGGAGUCAUCUUUCGAGGCUUGUUUUGCUUCUCUGGUGAGUCAAGAUUAUGUCAAUGGUACAGAUCAGGAAGAAAUUCGAACUGGUGUUGACCAGUGUAUCCAGAAAUUCCUGGAUAUUGCAAGACAGACAGAAUGUUUUUUCCUACAAAAAAGAUUGCAGUUAUCUGUCCAGAAACCAGAGCAAGUUAUCAAAGAGGAUGUCUCAGAACUGAGGAAUGAAUUACAGCGAAAGGAUGCUCUGGUCCAGAAGCACUUGACAAAAUUAAGACAUUGGCAGCAGGUGCUGGAGGACAUCAACAUGCAGCACAAAAAGCCAGCUGACAUCCCUCAGGGCUCCCUGGCCUACCUUGAGCAGGCGUCUGCAAAUAUCCCUGCACCGAUGAAGCAAACCUGAGGAACAGCCACCCGAACACGGGCUGGUGCCUGAGUCAGCCCAAACACUGUUUCACUAACAUCACUUCUUGUAGACUUGACAUUUUGGGAGAACUCUUUGCCAGAGAAUGAGAUGAUUUUAGCUUUGUGCUCUCACCUAAAAUUUUCCCCUUAUUUUUGUAAGUGCUAUUUCUUGAGUACUUUAUAAAAUGCUUACUGCUGUGGUAAACCAAGUAUAUUGUCUUUAGCAAAGUUUAAGACUGUUAGUGUGAUGCUAUGUACGGAUUCCUUUUAUGUUGUUUUUUUUAAUGCUUUUAUAUUGUUUUUAUUUUUGUAUGACUCAAUCUCUGUGUAUUUUCAGUUUUAGAUUAGUUUGUAUUAUAUGAGGGGGAAAGCUUGUUUGAUGGAGCUGCAUAUCAGAGGAUGAGGAUUUUGGUUGUAGGCUUUCAUGAUAAUUUACUCUUCAUUGGCAGUGUAUAAAAAUAUGCAACUUUUCUGUUUUUCAAGACUUUGAACUACCUCAAGAAGAGGAGUCUAGUGCACAGUGUAAAACUUCCAGAGCCUCACAGUGAGAAUAUUUUAUAAAUAGAUCGGAAGAGGAAGAGGAUUGUAAUAUCCUAGGUUAGUGUAGUGACUGUUACUGUACUUCAGUAACCUAGUGCUUUAGAAAUCCAGUAGUAUCCUUAAAUUAAUGUUGACUUUUAUUUGGGGUAAGUUUAUCUUUUGUGUAGUGUUUACUUACUUUUGGGGUGCAGUGGUGGGAGCAGUGAUAAUGCUAGUGAUGUUCACUUCUGCAAUAAUGAAUCAGCUUAACACAGUGGACCCUGCUCUCAACAGAGGCAUUGGUGAAUAUGAACUUGCUGUGAUCAUCUCUUGAGUUUUAAGUUUUGUGUGUGUGUUCUGCUCUUUUGGAGCAGAUUUUUCUGUUAACAAAGGUUCUUGCUAAUGGUGUUGAGUCCAAGGGACUGAGACCUUGAAGUGGGAGGCGGGCUGCAGGGUGCAUGGGAGAACUCAGUGUGGGGAAGAUAUCUAACCCUCUGUUGGCCACAAAGGUCAUCUCAGUUUCUCUGUUGAACUGUUGUUGAGAAAUACAAACCGGCAUUGUGCCCUGUCUCCUUAGAUAAGGCUUUCCUUUCUCUGUUGUUUACAGUCCCUCGUUAGAUUUCACCCCAUCACCCUCAACCAGUGCAGCACUGUCUUCUGAACAGGCAGUACUUCUGUGCCUCAGUGUCUUGGCUGACUUUGUUUUCUCUGGUCUUGAAGGCCCCGCCCCACCCACCUUGACAUCCACUCAGGUUUCCGUGUGGCCUGGAUGUCACCUGGUCUCCACAGCCUCUGAAGGCCCUCCAUCACAUCCCCAGGACACAGGACCUCUUGUUUCUUCUGCCAGCUUGGCAGAAGAAGUUCCUUGGUUCUCCCUCUGGGUUAGUGAUCUGUCUCUUUGUUCUCAUGAAGAGUAGGCAUUAUUCCCCUCUGAAUACAGAGGAACCAUAUGUUAUUUUUUAUACAUAGUACUUGUUUUUGUGUGCUUACGUGUAUGGUACAUAGCCUGAGGCCAAUGAAUUCCUUCAGUCAGAGUGUAUAGAUAAAGCUUUUAAAAGUUGUUUUUAAUCACAUUAUCUGAUUUCAAGGUUGUUAACCUGGUCAUCUUAUGCCAAUCAGAAACUCUGAUUAUAGAGACUGUUCUAUUUGGUGCUUACUAAAAAUAUUUUGAAUUAAUGGUGUACCAGUUAUUACCAUUUCUUUACUAAAUUCAAAAGUUUUCUGUCAAAUAACAUUUCACUAAAUAUCUUUUUCAUUUUUCGUGAUGUAUUUUGCUGGUCAACAAACACAGAAAACCCUCUAGGAUGCCGCCUCCUUCGAGGAGAAAAUAAUGAGGUAUCCGCUGGGAUUUCUCUAAUUCUCUCAAGGGAUGACAGACCCACCCACACUUUGAGGGCAUCUUUAUCCCCUUCCUGUUCCAUCUGCUGAAGCGUUUACACUGUGUAAGACAAGCCUUUCCUCCAGUGAUGUGAGGCCAGGCCAGUCGCCUUCUGCUGGGUUUAACCCGCUGGGGGCUCUCGUCUGCAGGUCCCUCCCUGCAGCUCAGUGUCCUUGGCCGCCGUCUUCAGCAUGCCCACUGUGAUGCCUGAGCGCCACCCCGUUGCCCGGACCCUCAUUCAGUCUCCAACUCCUCCACAUGCUCUCACCUGCUUCACUUCGACACCUCAUCAUCUUUUUUUGAAUUCGUUGUCUUUAACACAUCUUAACUUUCCUCUUUGGUCUUCUGCCCAGCCUAUAAAUGUUGACAUUCCUCAGGGUUUGGUCAUGGGCCUCUGGAGGCCACAAAAGAGCCCUGCUCAGUUUUCUCAAAGGCCCUACCCUUCCUGGAUACGACAGGCACGGUGGGGCUAGUGGGGCCGCAUUAUUUCUGCCCAACACAGACUUCUUUAAUGGGCAGUCAGUCCUUCCUCUGAAGCUCCUCAGCCUGACCAAGGCUUUUUCUCCUAACUCUGCUGCUAUCUAAGGUUCUUGCCCAAAUCUUCCUUGGCUCUCUCUACAGGUGUCAACUCUGUAUCAAAAUAUGAAGGCUCUUCCUGCCUCCUCCUCUUAAUUCAACACAGGUGUUUCUCCUGAGAAGGGGGGAAACCUGCCCCUGCCAUCAGACACUGAUUCAGCACUGCUGGGCUGUGUUAUUCUCCUAUGAGACAGAAGCAGUCUAAGGAUACCAGCCUCCUAGACAAAGCUACUCUGAGACCAUGAUAGAGCAAAACAAACCACUUCACAACUCUAUAAGCACAGGGAAAAAUAAAGGUCACACUGCCACCCCUCAAAUACCAGACAUUGUCCUGGCUAAAAAAUAAGUGCAACUUUUUUUAACCAUUUGCAGCUUUAUCUCUAGUCUGCCCUUUCUGUUGUUCAGUCGCUAAGUCAUGUCCGACUCUUUGCGACCCCAUGGACUGCAGCAUACCAGGUCUGCCUGUCCUUCACUAUCUCCCAGAGUUUGCUCAAACUCCUAUCCAUUGAGUUGGUGAUGCCAUCCAACCAUCUCAUCCUCUGUCAUCCCCUUCUCCUCCUGACUUCAAUCUUUCCCAGCAUCAGGGUCUUUUCCAAUGAGUCAGGUCUUCACAUCAGGUGGCCAAAGUAUUGGAGUUUCAACUUCAGCAUCAGUCUUUCCAAUGAAUAUUCAGGGUUGAUUUCCUUUAGGAUUGAUUGGUUUGAUCUUGCUGUCGAGGGGACUCUCAAAAGUCUUCUCCAGCAUCAGAAUUUGAAAGCAUCAAUUAUUUGGCACUCAGCCUUCUUUAUGGUCCAGCUCUCACAUCUGUAUAUGACUACUGGAGUAAGAUAAGAUCCAGCCAUAGAGUUUCCUCUCCUUUCUGACAGCAUCCAGUUUGGAGUGAAGCCCUGCUCUUUUAGAACCUCCUUGAAAGUAUCCAACGCCAAAAUCUUAAAAUAGGAUCUUUCUAAAACACUCUUUCUGAGAAGCCCCAUGAUUCUUCAUGAUGGACCUUCUUCCUCUGUUCCAACAAACAAUAAACCCAACUCAUUCACCUGUAGCUAGGUGUCUGGUGGUCUUUGCUCCUUCAGCUGUCUCAGUGUAUACCUUCUGGAGGGCCUGACUGACCUGCUGUGAGCACGGUCUGAGAGAAUCGACAGGACGGUGAGGUUGGAGACUGACUCACUCACUGUCCAACUGGCAGGAAGAUCCAUCCUGAGUGGGAUGUGAGGUCCAGUCACCAGCACAAGAGGGUGGCCUCAUUAUUGAUUUUACCAGUGCUGCCCUGGGCAAGUGUCCCAGUGGAAGGGAACUUUUGUCAAUGCACAGAUUCAAUGUUGCGUAUAAGAACGGUGGGAUUGACUGGUUAACACUCCACUGUCUCGACUCGCAGCAAAGGGACAAUGACAGAAUAACUGUUUAAUGCUCAAAGGCCUCUGAGUUCCUGGGGCAUCUUUGGUUAUCCCCUGCAGGGGGAGAACAGACAGCUGAGAAGUUAGUAGGAGGCAGCAGAUCAAAACCAGUGCUGCACCUGGGGGAUGAUGGUGGAGAUUAGUGCUCUUAGAAACCUGAAGGAUGCUAGGAAACUCGUCCCAAUCAUAGCUCCGUUUACUUUCCCAGACUUGCCCGUAUAGAAUCCAGGGAGAGGCUGGAGACCGAGUGUAUAGCAGGCAGCCUCAGUUGCACCUGCUGUUGCAAUGUUACUGGAGCAGUAAUACGGGCUCAGGUAUGUAGUGUGCAACUACGAUGGGACGACUUCAUUCUUUUCUCCCCCAGGUAAGAAACAGUUGGCAACUGGAAAAUGUUCCUUUCCAGUUUUGUUCCAGGAAUACGUUAAUUCCUUCUCUCUGUUAUAAUAUAGCCUAAAGAGAUACCCUGUUUUUCCUCCUAAAUCAAUUCUGAAUCAGUUCAUUUCUCUUAAUGUCUGCUGUUAACCUCCAAGCCAUCCCCAUCAUCUCUAGACCACUCUGCUCUUGAGAGAUGAAUGGAACCAGAUUAUGCAAAAGAAAACAAGAAUGUUUUCUGUCUCAAAUUUCCUUAUCAUUAUCAUUUAGGGUACAGAGAGGAAGAAUUUCAUUCCCUGCUGAUGAAGGUGUAAAUUGCUAGAAACUUUUUGGUAAUUUGGUAGUAUUACACAAAAAGCCUAGGCAUAUCCUUUGAUGCUUUAUUUCAAUACUCAAGGAAUAUGUCCUAAAGAAAAAAUGAUAGAUGCAUGCCAAGAUGUACUUAGCAAAGAUAAUUAUUUGUGUAUAACCUCAAAAUUUAGCAUGAUCUUUUAGUCACAUGCAACAAGGAGUUAAAACUGAUGUGGGGUCUCAACAAAAUUCUAUCUCAGUAUGUGUUAUGCCAAGUUAAACAGCCUCCUUUGUUUAGAACUACCUAUAUGUACUCUUUUUUAAAAACACUGUCCUAUAAUAUUACCUUAAGCAGGAAAUAAAACUAAAAAAUACUUGAUACUGAAAAGUAACAGGGCAUGCUACACAGAUGGUAACAAGUAUUUGCAUUUAAAAAAAGUAUGUUAUUGGGCUACAUGUUUUAAUUAGGUAGUAAAUUUACUUUCAAAUUGUGA